GUCAAGGUCUCAAUGGAAGCAGCAUAGCUGGGUUGCUUCAGCAUGGAUUUGUCUUACUCACAGGUGGGAGGGACUCACAAGGAGGCCCUGUAGUAACUCUUCCAUCACUGCAGAACAGAUCAGAUCCAAGUCCAGAUGAAGUGGUCACUUGUUUACAGUACCUUAUACAGAUACCAAGUGAAGAAACCAAAAGGUUGGGGUUUUCUGUUGUUGUUGACACCAGGGAUGGAUCUUGGGCUAACCUCAACAUGGUCAUGGCUUGUCUGCAGAAAACUGUUAGCAGUUAUGUAAAGCAGGUUUUGGUGGUUCUCCAUGAGAAUGAUAAACGAGCGAACCAAGACAGACCCUCAAAUUCAGAUCCCCGCUACAUCACAGUGAAUCAAUUAUUCAAAUACAUUGACCCAAAGCAGCUGACCUAUGACUUAGGUGGCCGCAUGGAGUACAACCACAGCAUCUGGUUACGAACUCGACUGAACUAUGAACAGUUCCUGAAAGAUGCCCAAACUACUGUAGAACAUCUAAAAAUUCAAGAAGGAGAAAUUCAGAGGUCCUAUAAUCAUCCAGACCCUCAAGCCAGUCCUCUGGAAGCCCUGAGAAAACACAGACAGUUCCAUGAGGUCAUCAUGACAGUCCCAACAGAAGUCAUCCAUCAAGGACAAGACGUGCUGAAAUCUCUGCAGGAAAAUGGUUUCAGUGGUUACAGUGAUAACCAGGGAAUGAUUCCAACACUGGACAACUUGGAAGCUCAGAAACAGGUGAAGCGGGUUCUCCAGUACCUGACAAACAGAGUGGACAAACUGCAAGAAUUCUUGGAAGACAGAGACAGGUCUCUCAAUGCGAACAUGCAGUAUGCUGAAUGGAAGCGUAAUGUCAAAGUGGUGGUUGACUGGGUGCUGGGACCAGGUGAGAAACUGUUGGCCUCCCAGAAUGAUAUAGGAGAUUCAUAUGAAGCAGCAGAGGAAUUGAGGAAGAGACAUGAAGAAAUGGAAAUAAAAUGUACAGACACAUAUGGUCAGUAUGCAGAGCUGCGUCACACAGUUGAUGAUACUGUAGCUGCGGGUCUCCCUAUUGCUGAUGAUAUGAAAGCAGAAAGAGAUUAUAUGGACACCGUGUGCCGCAGUUUUGCAACAAGACUGGAGAGGAGGAGAACUUUGCUCAUCACCUCUGUCAGGUUUCACAGAUUUGCUGAAGAGCUGUCAGCAUGUCUGGAUGAGUUGCUGGAGCUUUUCUCAAGUGAUGUUGAAGCAGACACUGUGGAGGCUGUGGAGGAAGCCAUCAAAACCCUAGAGACAAAGUGUGAUAACUGUGACAGGGUAGCAGAACAGAGUCUCAAUGAUGGACAAAGCUUGCUGGAUGAAAUGUCUCGGCCAAUCAAGAAUGCUUUUGGCAAAGACAUUAGCCCAGAUUACAGCAAUCAGAUCAAACAUGUCAACAAGAGGCUGGAGAACUUGCAGGAGAGGAAGAUGAGGUGUGAUGAGCUGGCUGAUGUCAGGAAGCUGAAGCUGCAACAGCUGCUGCAACUGAGGACAUGUGAGAGGGAUACAGAUCAGGCCAUAAACUGGAUAAACGAGCUGUGUGACGUGAUGGUGACCACUCACACAGACAUGGGCCAGAGCUCCGAUGAAGUUGAAGCUCUGCAUGAUGAUCAUAAGAAGUUUGAGGCCACUGCCCUGGGAACUUACGAGUAUGGCAAGCAGCUACUGCAGGCUGCACUGGUCUUGCGUCGCUCUCUGCGUUAUGACAUUGAACCAAACUAUGACAGAGCACAGAGACUAGAGGAGGCAUGGAGGAGAUUUUCUAAAGGGACAA